GCGGGGUGACAGUAACGGCGCCGCCCGCGGUGGGGUCCGGGCCGUCGGGCAGCAGCGCGGCGGCGGCCGCGGACUCCUCGCGGGUAGGGGUCGGCUUGGAGGGGGCGCGGGCUGGUGAAAGCUCUGGGAAAGCCCUCUAACGGAGGAGCUCCAGAGGACCCCCCGGCCAUCAGCCAUGGCCGUACCUAUUGCGGUUCUUGACUGCGACCUCUUGCUGUAUGGCCGGGGACACAGGACUUUGGAUCGCUUCAAGCUGGAGGAUGUCACAGAUGAGUAUCUAGUGUCCACCUACGGCUUCCCCCGACAGUUCAUUUACUACCUGGUGGAUCUCCUUGGGGCCAGUCUCUCUCGCCCUACGCAGCGGUCCAGGGCCAUCAGUCCAGAGACGCAGAUACUUGCUGCGCUGGGUUUCUACACCUCUGGCUCCUUUCAGACUCGUAUGGGGGAUGCUAUUGGCAUCAGUCAAGCCUCCAUGAGCCGCUGCGUUGCCAAUGUAACUGAGGCAUUGGUGGAAAGAGCCUCACAGUUUAUUCACUUUCCUGAGGAUGAAACUGCAGUGCAGAGCCUGAAGGAUGACUUUUAUGGUCUGGCAGGCAUGCCGGGAGUGCUGGGGGUGGUUGACUGCACCCAUGUGACAAUCAAAGCACCAAAUGCUGAGGACCUGUCCUAUGUGAACCGAAAGGGUCUCCAUUCUUUGAACUGCCUGAUGGUGUGUGAUGCCAGAGGAGUCCUCCUGAGUGCAGAAACACACUGGCCAGGCAGCCUGCCUGACUGCACGGUGUUACAGCGGGCAGCCCUUACAAACCAGUUUGAAACUGAGCUACAUAAAGAUGGCUGGCUACUAGGUGACAGCUCCUUCUUCCUCCGCACGUGGCUGAUGACCCCUCUGCACAUCCCCGAGACGCCUGCUGAGUAUCGUUACAACAUGGCACACUCCGCCACCCACAACGUCAUCGAGCGGACCUUCAGAACCAUUCGGUCGCGUUUCCGCUGCCUGGACGGCUCCAAAGGCACCCUGCAGUAUUCUCCAGAGAAAUCCAGCCACAUCAUUCUGGCCUGCUGCGUGCUCCAUAACAUCUCCCUGGAACACGGGCUGGAUGUGUGGUCCUCGCCGGCCGCGGGACACGUGGAACAGCCAGAAGAGGAGUACGAGCAAAUGGAGUCCAUGGACUCGGAAGCCUGUCGUAUUCGUCAGGAACUCUUACUCACUCAUUUUAGCUAAUGUAACAGGAAGAAAGCUUCUAGCAGUUCAUCUGGAAAGAUAUACAGAGCAAAUAUGCCCCUUCCUCUUCCUUAAGUCUGUAAAGGCUAAGCAGAUGCUCACAAGGAGAAAUUCUGUUCUCUUAAUUUCAGGUGG